GGGGCGGACCAGCGUCAACCUGUUGUGGGGCCCGCCACCGUCGCUCGGCCUGCGGCUCCACAAGGAAGUGCGGCGCCCACACGCGCUCCGAAAGCUGGCCAUGCAGGAAGUGCGCGCCGAGCGCGGCCACUAGCUCCGCGGCCCGGCCCUCGCGCGGGAGCGCAGGCGGCGACAGGCGGCGUCCGGCCCGGCGGCCCCCGGCUUUCUCCUGCGGCGACGCGGUCCCCGGCUCGCGGAUCCCAAUGCGCCCGCUCGGCCUCGUCUACACUCUGGUCUGCGCAAACUUUUGCAGCUAUCGGGGCACUUGGGCGGCUCCGCAGAGCGCAUCCAUCAAAGCUUUGCGCAACGCCAACCUCAGGCGAGAUGAGAGCAAUCACCUCACAGACUUGUACCGGAGAGACGAGACCAUCCAGGUGACAGGACACGGCCACGUGCAGAGUCCUCGCUUCCCCAACAGCUACCCCAGGAACCUGCUCCUGACAUGGCGGCUCCAGUCCCGGGAGAAAACCAGGAUACAGCUCACCUUCGACCACCAGUUUGGCUUGGAGGAAGCCGAAAAUGAUAUCUGUAGGUAUGAUUUUGUGGAAGUUGAAGAUGUAUCUGAAACCAGUACCAUAAUUAGAGGACGGUGGUGUGGACACAAGGAGGUUCCUCCAAGGAUAACAUCAAGAACAAACCAAAUUAAAAUAACAUUCAAGUCUGAUGACUACUUUGUGGCUAAACCUGGAUUCAAGAUUUAUUAUUCUUUUGUGGAAGAUUUCCAACCCGCAGCAGACUCAGAGACCAACUGGGAGUCAGUCACAAGCUCUAUCUCAGGGGUAUCCUAUCACUCUCCAUCAGUAACGGACCCCACCCUCACUGCGGAUGCUCUGGACAAAACAGUCGCAGAAUUUGAUACCGUGGAAGAUCUGCUCAAGCACUUUAAUCCAGAAUCAUGGCAAGAAGAUCUUGAGAAUCUAUAUUUGGAAACCCCCCAUUAUCGAGGCAGGUCCUACCAUGACAGGAAGUCAAAAGUAGACCUGGACAGGCUCAACGAUGACGUCAAGCGCUACAGUUGCACCCCCAGGAAUUACUCCGUCAGCUUGAGGGAGGAGCUGAGGCUUUCGCACGUGGUCUUCUUUCCCCGGUGCCUCCUUGUGCAGCGUUGUGGGGGCAACUGUGGCUGCGGGACCGUCAGCUGGAAGUCCUGCACGUGCAGCUCCGGGAAAACCGUGAAGAAGUAUCAUGAGGUAUUAAAGUUUGAACCUGGCCAUUUCAAGAGGAGGGGCAGAGCGAAGCACAUGGCUCUCGUUGACAUCCAGUUGGAUCAUCAUGAACGCUGUGACUGCAUUUGCAGCUCACGACCGCCUCGAUAAUAGAAUGUGCACAUACUUACGCUGAGCAUGAAUGAAUCUUUAGUUUAAGGAGGGUGUGGUAAGAGACCCUUUUCCCACCAGCAACCGAACUUAACUACUAGCCUGCAAAGCAAUGAAUACAAGUGGUUGCUGAGUUUCAACCUAGCUUUGUUAGCCAUGGCAAGUAGAAAGGUAUAUCAUCAACUUCUAUAUCCCAGAAUAUAGGAUUGCAUUUAAUAAUAGUGUCGGGGAAUAUGUACAUGUAUCUAUACAUACGUAUAUAUUCUCAUGUAUGUGUAAAUACAUCAAAUGGUUUAUUCAGUGUAUACAACCAGAUACACCAGAGCUGACAUAUGGUGGAGUUAUUUAGACCCUUAACAUCUUUUGACUAAUUCAGGGACGUAUUAAAUACAUGAAACAUGGCCUUGGAAGACUCAGAAGAUUAUUUUGUUUAUUUUUAAAUUCGAAUCACAAAACAAUCUUGGAUCUUGCUCUUUUAAAGAAAACACCUUGUAUAUUAAAAGCCAAUAAAUUAGCUUUUCUUAUAUAAACAUCUUAAUUAUAUAAAAAAAGGAAAACUAUGGUUUCUGGGGAAAAGGCACAGACCGUUUUUCCCAUGGGAUGCACUACAUGCUUACCUAUGUAGACAAUAAUUACCUAUCUCCAGAAGCAUGCCAUAAUAAUAUAGAUGCUUUAGAAAUUAAGUCAUCAAGUCUUCUUUUUAUGCAUCUUGCUGAGGCAUGCAAAUUCACUUAACACCUGUCUCAAAAAAAUUUCUCAGAAGGUUUAUUAUUAUAAUCCUCCCAGAGACAAUUUAACUGUAGCAGAAUUUUUAAUUGUUUCAUUCUGAAAAGCCCUCCACAGAAGUAACUCCUUUUAGAAAAUGGCAUGGGGACUCUGUAUGAGCCUUUCAAAAUAGUGUUCGUUGAAAGAUUUGGGUAGUUGAAAGUAAGAACAGUGAACGCAGAAAUAUUAACAGAACUGGAAAUCGGAUGGAAUAUUUGAUUGGAUCAUAUUUAAUAAUGGGUCCAAAACUCUCCAAAAAACGUGGAUUUACAAUGGCAUUUAAAUUUGGCAAGAAUCAUGAAUUAUUUAUAGCCUAAAAGCUUUUGUGUAUUAAAACCACCCGAUUUUAUUGAUGUACAUUCCUAAUCAUACCCUCACUCACCAUUCUGAAUUCCUGUUUCUGAACUAAGUGAAAUCAGAUCUGGGGUCUGUGAUUCUCUCCAGAUCUGUGGAGCUUGUUCUAAGAAGCUGUCCUGAU